AACACAAAAACAAAACAGACAGGACGCCAAUAAUGGGAAGGAUUUCAAGCUUCGCUUCUCUCUUUCUGAUCUUCGCAAUCUUGGCCGUCCAGGUGGCCAUUUCUUCUUCAUUGACCGUCGAUUUCGUCGGCGAACAGUUCGACUUUCUCCCUAUGAAAUCGGAGUGCCGUGGAUCGAUUGCAGAGUGCUCGAUGGACGAAGACGAGGGAUUCGAUAUGGAGUUCGCGAUGGACUCGGAGAGCAACCGGCGCAUUCUAGCGUGGAGGAGGUAUAUCAGCUACGGUGCGUUGAGGAGGAACACAGUGCCGUGCUCGCGACGAGGCGCCUCGUAUUACAACUGCCGACGUGGAGGUCAGGCCAAUCCCUACAGUCGCGGGUGCAGCCACAUUACUCGAUGCAGGGGUUGAAUUUCGUCUUUUUUUUUUUCGUCUUUUAUUAUUAUUAUUAUUUUUUCCUUCUAAUUGUAUGUUUAUUUUUUUAAAAUACUUUAAUUUUUAUGUGUGUUGUAUACGUAACUAAAAAGAGAGUACUUUGGAAUAAGAUUUAGACAGAUAUGGAUAGGAUGUUGCAAAUGGGUUAUGUAAUAUAAUUACAUCAAUUUAUUAUUAUCAUUAUCAUUAUUAA